UAUCAUACCGCUAAGGAUCAUCGAAUUAAAAAAAGUGCAGUGAAGUGUUCUAUAAAAUAAAAAGAUAAUCAAAAUGUGGCAAUUUUUUGUGCUCAUCGCUGGCCUUUGCUGCCUUCCGCUGCCGAGCAGCGCCUUCUGGUGGCCCAAGGCGACGACUGAAACUCCACGCGCUCAGGUGCUGCAACAGAUUCCGCUCACCUACUUCCGGACGUACACUUAUCAGCCGCUGGCUGGCGAGACAUUUGGAGUACCGCUCUUUGGCUUUGGGGCAGCGCAGACGCCGCUGCUCUCGGGUCGUCACUACGAUCCCUAUGCGGUGACCAGCUAUGCGGCAGCGCGACGUCACGACGCAGCCACAGCUGGCCACAAGGGUGAUGUGACGCCGCCGGCAAUGGGCAGCGGUGGGAGUGGCAACAGUGGCAGCAGCAACAACUUGUUGCCUAGCACAACGCCAGCGACAACGACAACGACGACGACAACAACGAGCACAACAACGCCACCGCCACCGCCACCAACGACGACAACCACAACAACGACAAGCACAACAAGUGCGCCACCCACAACGAGCACAACAGAAGCCACUUCCUCUUCAUCCUCCUCCUCUUCGUCCUCGUCUUCUGCAAUGCGCUAUGCCGAGUAUCCAGCUUAUACACGACGUGUUAGCAAUCUGUACAAUGCACGUCCUCAGUAUCCGUAUCCCGAUUACUUCAACUAUCAGGCGCCGAGCUCGCUGGCUGAGAAAAGCGGCUCACGGAUUCAGUUUGUGCCCUGCAUGUGUCCCGUCAGCAUGCCCAGCAUGUCCACACUCUCCACGCUCAGCCUGAACAGUGGAGCGAGCACCGAACGCGAUCGUCCGCUUAGCAAUGCUGUGCCUCUUCCCCCCGCUGCUGCUGCUGCUGCUGUGGCUGAAGAUGCUGCGAAUGUCAAUUUGCAGGCACGUCACAUGGAGAGCGAGGACUCCGAGCUGGAGGAUGAGACGGAUGCAGACACUGAUGCGGAUGAUGAAGCCGAUGCUGAUCCAACUGCAGUUGCGCCUCUGGUGGAAGACGCAGCCAUCGCAGCUGUCGAUGGCAAAGUUGCCUUUGAGUCGCACACCACGCCCACCGUCGACUCCAAUAGUUUGGUUUAG